CCUAAGUGGAAUGACUAAAAGUCUUCAGUGGUCAACGGUGGCCCUUUAACGUUUUUCUUUCCUAGAAAAAUCAAGGCUCUCUGAUUCCGCCCUCCUGGUCCCUCCUCCAGAAGAUGCGGCAGCUGGGCGGAGCCUAAAACCGAACCUUCUCCGAGGACCUCUGCCGCGAAAACCCAGCCGGCCUGGGCAGGAUUGAACUUGGGUCCUUGUGCUUUCAAGGCAGGCGGCAGAACCACUGAGCUAAAUCCCCAGCCCUCAUAUUUUCUUUAUCUAUUCAUCUACUGAUGGAUGUAUAGACGUCUUCCAAGAUUCAUGUUAUAUAUGUUGCGCUACUGUAAACACAGUCUUCAGAUGGAUUUUAGAAUUGAACACACUUGGGAUGGUUUUCCAGUGAAGCAUGAGCCAGUGCUUGUCAGGCUGAAUCCAGGUGACGGAGGAAUAAUGAUGGAAGUUCAUGCUCCAUUUUUCAAUGAUCCCCCAGCCCCACUUGGAGAACCAGGAAAGCCUUUCAAUGAACUGUGGGAUUAUGAAGGUAAGAAGUGCUGUAUUUUAUUAAAAACAUAAAUCUUUUUAUAAUAA